AUGCAGCCGUCCCAGAAACGCUUCAUCAUCAAGAAGAAGCUGGCGCGCAAGGCGCGGCAGAACCGCCCCAUCCCCCCAUGGAUCCGCUUUAGGACCGGCAACACCAUCCGCUACAAUGCGAAGCGCCGGCACUGGCGGCGCACCAAGCUGGGCAUCUGA